AUGGACACUUGCAAACCCGCUGCAACACCUGUUGACACGCAAAGUAAGCUGAGCAGUGAACCCGGUCCUCUAUUUGAAGAUCCUACUACAUUUCGCAGUCUUGCCGGUGCGCUGCAAUAUCUCACCUUCACAAGGUCGGAUAUUACAUACGCUGUUCAACAAAUAUGUAUGCAUAUGCACGCUCCUUGCCUUUCACACUGGAAUGCUCUCAAACGCAUCAUUCGGUAUCUCCAAGGCACUUCUGAGUUUGGUCUCCAUCUCAGCUCUUCGUCUGCUCUGUCUAUCCGUGCCUACACCGACGCUGAUUGGGCUGGUUGCCCUGACACCCGCCGUUCCACCUCGGGUUAUUGCGUCUAUCUUGGCGAUAACCUCGUCUCCUGGUCUUCUAAGCGAUAG